AUGGCUUCUUGGAACAUUAGAGGGUUCAAUAGUGCCUCUAAAGUAAUGUCGUGCAAGUCUUUGGUGAAUAAAUUCAAGUUAGAUCUGCUGUUUAUUCUAGAAGCUAAAAUCUCUGCGAAUGCUGUGCUUGACGAUUGGUUUUCUAACUCUCAUAAAGUUUUCCCUGUUGAGGGCUCUUUCAACAAUUUCUCUUUUUCUUCACCGGGUCGAAUUUGGGUGAAAUGGAAUGCCGACAAGGUUCACUUUAAGCCUCUUUUUACUUCUAGUCAAGUUAUUCAUGGUGUUAUUCAAGUUGAGAAUAUGGAUAUCUGUUGCAUUUCGGUUAUUUAUGCCUCUAAUUACAUUUCUGAAAGACAUCUGCUUUGGGAUAAGGUUGCUUCUCUGGUUAGCAAUGAAUCUUUACCUUGUGCUAUUUUGGGUGAUUUUAACUGCUGCAUUUCCCCUUCGGAUAAAGUUGGGGGUCUCCCAUUACAACAUAGUAAGAUGGGUGAACUGAAUAACUUUGUUUUCAAUGCUGUUGUCUCUGAAUUACCUUCUGUUGGGCAUUUUUUUACUUGGUUUAAUCAUAGAUUGGAUAACCCGAUUCAUAUUAAGCUUGAUAGAACCUUCAUCAAUGAUGCCUGGCUCUCUUGUUUCCCCAACUCCUACUACAUUGUUAGUGAACCGGAUGUCUCUGACCAUUGUCCGAUCAUUCUUAAUCUGGAUCAUCCUACCACCAACAAACACCGGUUUAUGUUUAAGAAUUAUUGGUGCACUUUACCGGUUUUUUGGAAGUCUGUUUUGGAUAUUUUCUCCUCCCCCCCUACUGGUAGCCCUAUAUGUGAUUUCUACCAUAAGCUCAGAGAGCUUAAAUGCCAAAUUAAACAUAGUAACUGGAUUUCUUCAAACUUUAUUAAAGACAAGAUGGAAACUCUGGCGCAGGCUCAAACGGAUAUUCUUCAGUGCCUUCAAAAUGACCCUUUGAACACUGACUUAAAUGCUAUGCUCUUGUCUACCAAUUUGGAACUUUCUGAAAACAAAGCUAGAUGGGUUGAUUGGAUUUCUCAAAGAAGUAAGGCCAGAUGGCUUAAAGAUGGUGAGGAUGAUCUCAAGUUUUUGUAUUCCAAUAUUAACUGCAGGAGCAAUGCGAACCAAAUCAGAGGCAUUACGGUUAAUGGUGUGUUGCUUAACACUUAUGAUGAUAUCUCUGUGGCCUUUAUUAACCAUUUUCAACAGCUUUUUAAUGGUGCUCCUCCUAUGGGGAACAAUACCUUGCCUAUUGGUAAUACUAUUCCCUCUGAUCUUGUUAAUGGUCUGACUUCCCCUUUCACUAUGGAAGAGAUUAAACAUGUUAUUUUCACUUCACCCUCUUCGGCUGCUCCUGGGCCGGAUGGCUUUCCUUUUGAAUUCUAUAAGUCAACUUGGAAUUCUAUUGGAAACUACAUCUGUAAAGCUGUUCUCUCGUUCUUUGCUACUUCUUUUCUCCCCAGGCAAGCCAAGAACACUGCCAUUGCUCUUAUCCCCAAGCAUCCACAUGCUACCUCUAUUAAUGACUUCAGGCCUAUCUCUCUGUGCAACUCCUUCUACAAGAUUAUUGCUAAAUUGUUGGCAAACCGGAUGAAAACUGUUAUGCCUCACAUUAUUCAUCCUGCACAAGCUGGCUUCAUCCAUCACAGAAUUAUUUCGGAUAAUAUUAUUCUGGCUUCGGAUAUUUUGAGCAAAUUCAACUCUUCUCCUAGAGAAAAAUACUUUUGUGCUAAAUUUGACAUUCAUAAGGCCUUUGAUUCUAUUUCAAGGGAUUUCAUUCUUCAACGUCUCCAAGCUAAAGGUUUUCCUGCAAUUUUCAUUUCUUGGAUUAAAUCCUGUAUUUCUGACGUUCAUUUCUCUGUUGCCAUUAAUGGGUCUCUUGAAGGUUUUUUCAGUUCGUCUUCUGGCUUAAGACAGGGUUGCCCCCUCUCCCCCUACUUGUUCACGGUGGCUAUGGAUGCUCUCUCUUGCAUCUUUGAUGAAGCUUGUCAUUCACAGAAUUUUCAAGGCUUUAAGAUGGGUAACUUGGCCAUUCAUCAUCUUCUAUAUGCUGAUGAUCUUUUGGUCUUCUCCAAAGCCAACUUACAGGAGGCUUCCUGUCUUCAUGAUAUUCUGAAUCGAUUUGGCAUCUCUUCUGGGUUGGUAGUCAAUCCGGCCAAAAGCACUAUUCUUUUCUCCAACAAUUGCCACCAGUGUGAGGAUAUUUGUGAAAUUCUUAACAUCCAACAAACCUCUAGGCCUUUUAAAUAUUUAGGCCUUCCUAUUCAUCACAAGAAGCUCACCUUUGCUGAUUUUCAGCCUCUUAUUUCAAAAAUCACAAAAGCGUUAGAUGGUUGCAAGGCUAAAGCUCUCUCCUUUGGGGGUAGGAUUCAAUUUUUAAGAUACACCAUUUUUAAUACCAUCGCCUACUGGAUUAGAGGCUCAAUUAUUCCAAAGAAAUGUUUUAAAUAUUUGGAUAGGCUUUGCUCUCGGUUCCUAUAUUCUCGUGACAUUGCAGCUAAAAAGCUUCGUCUUAUUGCCUGGAAAGACACUUGCAUUCCAAAAAUUAAUGGAGGGAUUGGUCUUCCCUCUUUUGAUGCUUUAAACUUCACUUUCUCCUGUUCUAUUAUCUGGAGAUUCAUUAAUGAUAGCAAUUUGUUAUUUUGCUGCUGGCGUAACCUUUACACCUCUCUCUGGUUCCCUCAUAACAAAGGCUGUUCUAUGUUCUGGAACAAAAUUUUUGCUAUUGCUGCUCAAAUCAAGCACUGUCUGAAUUUUAGGAUCCUGCCUAACAGUCAGCAUUCCCUUUUUUGGGACCCCUGGUGCCAUGGUAAAUCUAUCUCUGAGUUGGCUGCUUCUAAUUUGGGUGGUUGCUGGCUGAAUAAUCUUAACAAUAAUUCCGUUUCUACCAUUCUUUUGAAUGGUAGAUGGAAUUUGCCUAAUGGCAGGCCCCAUGCUCUCACGACUAUCAUUAAUUCUGUUCCAAUUAGUAAUGCAGCCACUGGUUGCCUUUGGUCUUAUUCUGAGAAGGUUUCCAACAAAAUUUUUAGGCAAGAAUUUUAUAUACACUACCCUGUGAUGGAUUUGUAUCAUUUUGUUUGGCAUAAACAUUCGGUUAUCAGAUUUUCUGCAUUUGGUUGGCUGGCCGUUAAGAACGGGCUUAAAACGGCAGACAUCCUGAUUAGGCGUGGUAUCACUGUUAAUCCACUUUGUAUCUUCUGCUUGAUGAGUAAUGAAUCUCACUCUCAUCUGUUUUAUGAAUGUGACUAUUCGUUUAAGAUCCUCUGUGCUUUAAUCCCCCAAGCACAUUCAUUACUUCUUCGUCCGAACAUACACCAAAUGUUUCAUUUUCUGGACGAUAUUUCGGUCUCGUCUGAAUUUCUGAACUUCUACUGCUUGGUAGUAAAUACUGCUGUUUACUAUAUCUGGCGAGCUCGUAAUGACAGAAUUUUUGGCAAUAAAAUUGAAUGUCACACUACUGUGGUCAGAAAGAUUAAGUAUGCUGUACAGGCUAAAUUGGGGAGAUGGAAAAAUGGCAGCAAUUUUCUGCAUCUGUUGGGUAUAACUGUUGCUGGGCGUUUUUUUGGUGGCCCUCCCGAUCUUCCAGAUACAAGGUUUUUGGUGGAAACUUUGGCUAAUAAUUCCACGUCCCGCCAUGUAAAUGUUGUUGUUAUUGGUUCUCCUCAGGAUGGUUUGGAUGAGCAGGUUCUCCAUGGCCCAAACAAUGAUGCGCUUACUUGUGGUGUUGUUCCUCCUAUUGAAAAUGUUAAAUUAUUUCCCCUUUCUCAGAAAGUUUUGCUUGUUAUUGAGUCGAUUACUGGUGGAUUAAUUGUUGGUCAAAAGGUUAUUGAUAUUUCAAAUAUUAUUCUUCCUCCUUAUGCUGUUAUUUUUAAUUUGGAGAAUAACAAAUUGAAUGAAAUGAAUGGUGGCAACAUUGAUGGUUUGGAAGGAUAUGAUGUGCAGGGUUUGAAUGGUUUUCGUGACUCUACUGUUGACAAUAAUAUUGCAACAUAUGGUAAUUGCUUGGAUGUGCCGUCUUGUAAUGUUGGCUUGGUGUCCAAUGAUGUUCUUAAUCCUAAUGAACUAACUCCUAUUUGUGGUUUUAACCAUGUUGAUUUAAAUGGCACCUCCACUAGUACAGUUAAUGCUUUUUCUUCAUUGCAUUUGAUUGAAGAUGAGCCUCUUAUUGUUGUCCAUGUUUCUCUUCUUUCUAAGGCUGAGUUGUUUACUCAUAUGGCUUUUGAUAUAGUUGGAGAAGAUUUUCAGGAGCUAGAGGAUGAUUCUAUGGAAUUAUAUGGUUUAGAUGUAAUUCACAUUGCUGAUAGUGGAUUAUACAAGAAGGUAGCUAGUUUUUUUUGUUUUGUGAAGCUUCUUUUCUCAUGCAUCUUUGAUGUGCGUGGUUGGAUGAUGUUGUUUCAGAAUUGUUUUGCAGGAUGCUGGGACUAG